GGGGUGUCGAGUACAUUCCUAGGGUGCCAGUAAUAAUUCUCGUUUGAUAGAGAGUUAGCAGUAUUGGGCUUUCUUUACAAGCCCAAUCGAGUUCUCAGCAAGGUGGUGCGAUGUUGUGAGAGUGACGCAGGCAGAAACGAGGGUGAAUUCUUCCGUAGCACCUUUCUUCUUCUGGUCCGAGUGAAGUGAGAAAAUGGAAUUGAAAAAAGUGAUAAAGGACAAGAAAUUCUGGUUUGCAUCUUUCCUCAUCACUUGGGCUGCAGCUCUCCAGGGACACAUGAUGUGGUUACAGCGCCAAGAUUCAUUCAAGCAAAAGUUUCCAGACAUUGAUGAUCAAACAAACCCCCAAUAAUCAAUCCUCAUAAUUUUAUUCUGUUGUAUUGUAUGUUUUCUUUCAUUUCUUCAAACAUUUUGUUACAUACUCUAUUGUAAAUCACAAACCCUAGUUACCAUUACGGAUCUCAAUCAAUUGGACAUUAUUAUUGUGUAAUAACAGGGGCUCUUGCCCCAACUUAUCUACAACUUUUUCCUGCUGAUUUGGUUCUAAUGCUAUAUAAAAGUAUGAUUUGAUAUAUUUAUUUGAAAUGUACUUUGGAGAUCAAUUAUGUCUCUACUGAAUACCAUAACACAGUGCUUUGUUUAUCAAAUUGGAUUUCCCCUGUUUGCUGGCAACGAAUUCAGAUUUACAUCCUAAGAUAGCUUAGCUCUAAUAGGGGUGUGCAAAUAAACCAACAACUCUUAUCCAAAUUAAUAAUUCUUUGGUACCCAUGAGUUUAAGUUGGGUACCAGUACCCUUAGUGCAAAAUAUAUUUAAAUUUUAAUUUAUUUAAAAAUAAAAUAAAUUAUAAAAAUGAUGUGGCAUUGAAUUCCACUAUUUGAUUGGUUGAAGGUACCGGUACCCAACUAAACUCAAGGGUACCGGAGUGUUCACCAUUUUAAAAAGGCGAGAUCAUUUUUCAACAAAAUUAAACCGAUCCAUUUAUGUACAAAACCAAUAAACCAGGACUCGUCUCAAUAAUUUGGUUUAGAAUUGGUUUCCCACUCAACUAACAUCAUACACCAUAAUCCUUUUUAAACGAUUGAUCAGCUGAAAAAAGUUAUACUAAUCUGAAUUUAUAAAAAACAACUUCAUUAACUAGUCUCGUUCCUUAGAACAUGUUUAGAGAAAGAAUCUCUCUUCUCUCUAAAAGUAGGGUUUUCCUCUUAGUGAGAGCCGCCCCGCCGCCUCCUCUCUUGUAGAGGCUCCUCCUCCAUCAUAAGAGCUAUUCACCGCCGAUAUGGUGGCAUUCUCCUCCUUAAUGGUGGUUCCCCCAUCUUCACUAUAAGUUAUCCUCCCUCAUUUCUCAUUUCUUCAAAACACUCAUCCAUAUUAGAUCAGGCAAUUUUCUUCCUCCACCCUCCACCAAACUUUUCCUUCUCUCUGCCAUCAGCCAUUAAUAUUUGAAACUCCAAAAUCAUUUCCACCAACUGAUGGGUCAAGUUGGUUUGGUCAUGAAAACCGGCCUCCACCAACAGAAGAUUUGAAUCUCCUGAAUUUAUGUGUGUGUGUGUGUGUGUGUGUUUCUGCAUUGGGUUCUAUUUUUAUGUUUGUGUUGUUGUGGUUGCUGGUGUUUCUUUUUGGCUUUGUUCUGUUGCGUGUUUUGUUCUUAAGUUUAGUUUGUUGUAAGAUUGUUCUUAAGAUGUUUGUUGAAAUGCCUCAGAGAAGUUUGGAAGAAGGAGAUGUGUUGAGGAAUGAGACUCUCUUUAGGGUUGUUGCAAAUCAAACAAAUCCUUUCAGUCAACAAUGGAUUCCACUACAAAGUGUGAGUUUAAUCAAUCUUGUGAGCCCGUAAUUGGAUAGACUUAAAGAUUGUGGUUUCGAAACUCACUUAGCUCUUGCGGAAGAAUGUUGUUUGGUUUAAGGAUUUGGAUUGGUACCUCCCUAUUGAUUUUGAAUUUCUCUAAGGUUUCUGAUGUCCAUAGCUUAUUUGGCUUAA